AUGGUCGCUAUCGGAUCACCCGAACGAGUGACUGAUCCAGCACAGCCACCUUUACAGCCAGACUCGCGCAAAGGCGAUUUGAUCUACAGUUCGAGUGUAUUUGUAGCGGGUCUAUUGUUACUAGAAAAGGCGGCAGAUGGCUUCAUUCGUCAAGUAUCGCAGCUGUCAGCUCAGCUCGGUAUCAGUCCGACCCUCAUAGCGCUGCUCACGGCCGGUGCCGAAUGGGAGGAGCUUGUGGUGGUAGUCGCUUCGAUUGCGCAUGGAUCCUCCAACCUCGCCAUCGCCAACGUCGUCGGGUCCGCCAUCUCCAACAUCCUGGGCGCUUUCUCCUUGGGCAUCCUCUUCGCGCCAGAUGCGGUCAAGUUCGAUGACAGCUCCAAGCGCUUCGCCAUCAUUCAAGCGGCCAUCACCUCCUUGGUGCUCCUCCUCGUUGGUGCGGUGCAGAUCCAGCAUGCCGACAAGGACGCCAAGCUCUCCAGCAAGAGACUCUUUGAGAACGUGGUCGGCGUCAGCUUCAUCGUCAUUUUCGUGCUCUACUUUGUUGGGCUGUCGUGGGCUAUCAGUCGAGGCAUGCUAGCCGCUCCUCAAGGAUCCGACAGCGAAUCCAGCAGCACCAGCAGUGACGACGACAACCGCAGCUUGUCCAGCCAAGGCAACGAUCGAUCCGCUCCCAUCAGCUCGGCAGCCAGCACCACCACCCUUGGCAACGACAGCGAUGGUUCUUCCUUCGUUCCUCCAAGACGCACCCCCGGCGCAGCUGGACGACGAGGUCAGAACCGAACCGCCACCUCGGCCGCCAUCGAACGAACUCCCUUGCUCCUCGGAUCCGCCACCUCUUCCAACCUCGCAACUCGACUAGCUCAGCGACGACGCGCUGCCAUCUUCCGCAGCCUGCGCAAGCUCCUGCUGAGCUUCCUUCUGCUCUCCCUCGCAGGCUACCUCCUCUCGCACUCCAUCCUCGAAAUUGCCUCCCUCGUCCAUCUGUCGGAUACCGUCCUCGGCCUCACCGUGCUCUCCUUUGCGACCACCAUACCGGAAAAGUUCCUCAGCGUCAUGGCUGGUCUUCGCACCGCCGCUCCCUCCACUCGACCUGCAGCGAUCCGCAGACCGAGCCUCGCUCGCCGCGCAUCCGUUCACGACGAGGCCGAGGAUGACGUCGCCCGAGGCGCAAGCAGCAUCCUCAUGGCCGGCGCGGCGGGCAGCAACAUCUUCCUCCUCACCCUCUGUCUUGGCGUCUCGCUCAUCUUCGAUCACGAUCGUGUCUCGGUCCCUGCGUCAAUAGCCACAUUGCCGGAUCAGCAUCGGUUCGCAGCAAGCAGCGUCCAGUGGCAGGAGUUCGUGCUGCUCGAGGUCGCCUCGUUGUCUCUGGUGCUGAUAGCUUUUACCGGCGGACAGCGGUGGCAGGGCGCACUGCUGCUGCUCGGUUACUUUGCCUUCCUCAUCGCCGAAUUCACCGUUCUCAAGCGGUGA